AUGUCGAUAUUUAGUUUCUCGGAGUUUGUUCUUCAAUUAUUUGGUAUCAAAUUCCAGCAAGCUAGCACGGUGCACUUCCCUUCAGAUCUCCACUUUGACAUCGUUUCACGACUACCCGUCAAGUCACUUUUACGAUUCAAGUGUGUCUCUCAACUAUGGUGCAAUAUGAUUGAUGAUCCAUCUCUUGCUUACAUGCAUUUGACUCGAUCUGUUGAAGAACCCAAGAUGUUAAUUCUUGAUCAUCAAACGAAAAAACCAGAUACAUCAAGGUUUACAGAAGUUGUUGGGGGCUUCUUGAAGGCUGACAUGAAUUUAGUUACAAAGUUUGCAAGGUCAAAAGCAUGUUUCUUAGAGAGUUGUUGCAAUGGUUUGCUUUGCUUUACAAAAAUUUAUGACGAUAGAGUUUUGGUUUUGUUUAAUCCUCUUAGACAAGAAGUUAUAGCACUGCCACCACAUAGAGCUUCUCUUAUACCAAGCAAGAGCAAAUAUGGAUUAGGUUUUGAUUCUUCAACAAACACAUACAAGGUUGUUAGGGUUUUCUUCCGUGGAGGCUGUUCAUUCAAUAUGGAUGCUGAAGUUUACACUCUUGGUACAAGUUCAUGGAGACCUAUUAACAAAGGUCCUCUCUGCCAAAUUGCUGGAAGACCUAUAUUUGCAUGUGGAGCACUUCAUUGGUUUGUUCACCCUUAUGUUGAUAGGGAUGCUCUAAAAGGCUAGUAUAUUGUUUCUUUUGAUGUUGGGAAGGAGGAGUUUGGCUGGAUUUCUCCUCCCAAAUAUUAUAGCUCAAGUCAUUUGCUUGAUCUUGGAGGAAACUUGGCUAUGGUUGAUCGCUCAUUUGAUGGCCACAUUGAGAUAUGGAUGAUGAAGGAAUAUAAAAAGAAAGAGUGGGUCAAAGAAUACAAGAUUGAUAUAUACCCCCCACUUGGGAUAUCAGAUUCUUCUUUGGUUGAAGUUAUAGGGCUAUGGGAAUUUGGUGAAAUACUAUUAAGGUACCGUGAAAGUUUUAUUUCCUAUAAUUCAAAGACUGGUGUGAAAAGGUACAUCGAAAUUUUAGGUCAUGACGUGGAAGUCCUAUAUCAUAUGGGUAGCCUACUAUCAAUUUCUAAAUUUCAGACAAAGUAAUAGUGUUUGUUAUUACUUUCCAGAGUAAAUUUUUUGAUCAAUUAUGAUAAAAAAUCAUA